AUGGAAUCUGGCAUUCCGAUAUCUGAGAUGUCACGUUAUGUGUCUCCUCUAAAUCCUGCCUUGUAUCCCACUCUGGGCAUGCUGCUAACUGCGAUCGGCACUUUUUUCAUGGCCUGGUUCUUCGUCUACGAAAUCACCGCCACCAAGUACGUGCGAGAGUUCUUCAAAGAAGCCCUCAUCGCGAUUAUGGCCUCAAUUUUUAUGGGAACCGGACUUCUUUUUGCUGCUCUUUGGGUCGGUAUCUACGUAUGA